GCAACUCAACUCACAUGAGAGAAAGAGCAGCAGCGAGGCUCUGCUCGACCAGCGGCAUCACACACACCUGAGAAACUGAAGCAGCAACUCUCAGCUGCAUCUGCAAGCUGAAGAACCAAACUUUUCCCCCUAUGUCUGUAGAGGAUCAGAGAAAAACAAAAAUCCCCUGUAACUGAAGUUGUGGUACCAUGUUGGAAUUAAAUAAGGUGGCACUCCUGCUGUCGUUCCUGGCUUCACUGGCUCUGGGCCAAGGAUCUGUGAGGACCAGGAGUCUGUCAGACCGAAGCAGGAGAGUGGCCCUCAACACGUUCACUGACGCACAGACAACAGGCGUGACAGAGUGGACUUCUUGGUUCAAUAUUGACCAUCCUGGAGGGAAUGGAGACUAUGAGCGCCUGGAAGCAAUCCGUUUCUAUUACAGGGAAAGAGUUUGUGCACGGCCCAUGGCCAUGGAGGCUCGCACUACAGACUGGGUGGCAGCGGCAGACACCGGAGAAGUUGUCCACUCCAGUCUGGAGAAGGGCUUCUGGUGCAUCAACAAGGAACAGCCCCAAGGCCGCAUCUGCUCCAACUACCAUGUCCGCUUUCAGUGUCCCCCAGUGCAGAGCUACUGGACUGACUGGAGUGAGUGGGGUCCCUGUUCCACCACGGCUUGUGAUGACGUAGGCAUCCAGGUCCGCCAGAGGAAAUGUGUGAAUACCCAGCCACUGCCUCUCCUGUUGGUGCCAGCGUGUCAGGGGCACCAUUCAGAAAGGAGGGAAUGUUCCACCCCUCCAUGUACAGCCAAGUGGAGUCAAUGGGGUCGGUGGGGGACUUGUUCGGUGACCUGUGGUGGAGGUCGCAGGAUUAGGAGGAGGACCUGUGUGAGGACCUCUGUGACAGUUCAGUGUACUGGACGGCCUGUUGAAAUACAGAAGUGUGGGAAAAGUUCAUGCCCAGCCAAAUGCCAGCGUGUGUGCACCGAGGGUCAUCCCAGUGAGGACUGCAGCCGCUGUGUGUGUGACAGCCACGUGCUGCAUGGAGAAGUCCACACUGUGACUGGUGUGCCGGUGGCAGGAGCCUGGAUGGCACUAGCCAGCCAGCCUAAGAUGAUUCGUGCCCGUACAGAUGCCAAAGGUCAGUUCAGGCUCAUAGGAGUCUGCUCCUCCAGCUCGACCUUGAUCUCCAUUAGGAAGGAGAAGUUCACCCCAAUCAAUGUCUCCACCUCCAGUAACACCACAGGGUUAUCUUGGGUACGCGCUGUCCUCAAAUCAGCCGAAAAGCCAUACAUUGUGAAACACCCGGAGGACAAAGUGCGUUAUGAAGGAGGACGGGUGCUGUUUUGCUGCAAGGCAACAGGAUCACCAGCACCUGACAAAUACUACUGGUACCACAAUGGGACUCUGCUGGACAGGAAGGUGUACAAGUAUGAAGAGGACCUUAUACUGCAGAACCUGAAACCGAAGCAGUCAGGACAGUACUAUUGCAAAACCAGCAGCCCAGCAGGCAGCAUCAAGUCCUCUCCAGCCUUACUCACUGUGAUUGCAAAAGGAACACCAGCAUGCAAUUCCACCCCUGAGGCGCACCUCAUCAGACUGCCGAUGGACUGUGUUCAACCCGGGACUGACUCCAAGUACUACAAUGCUGGCCGCUGCACUCAAAAUAAAUGUGCUGGCUCCCUAGACUUUGAUAUGCGCUGCAGAGAUGGAGCUGGGUUCUGCUGUGGUGUCCAAAAUAUGGAAAGUCGAAUCAUUGACUGUGGGACCUACAGUCUCCCUAUCCGGGCUGUGACGCAGUGCAGCUGUCAGAGGUGUGUGCAGCCUACUGUGCUGGUUCGUGGCAGAGUGGUCACAGCUGACAAUAAUGAGCCUCUGCGUUUUGGGCACAUCUACAUUGGGAAAGAGAGAGUGGGCACCACUGGAUACCAAGGAAGUUUCACAUUACAAAUUGCUCCUGAUACACAGAGAUUGGUGGUAAAUUUUGUUGACCCCACUCAGAAGUUUCUUGACACUCCAAAGGUGUUCAUCUUUGAUAAGAAAAGUGGCUCCAUCUACCAUGAUGUGAAGGUGAUGAGAAAGCAGAAACCAAUCGAUAUCAACGCAGGAGAGACCAAUUCUAUUAACCUAGGGGAGAUUAAAGGGGAAGAUCCCAUUGGUCAGUUGGUUAUUCCUCCCAACUCUUUCCACAAGGACAAUGGAGAAAUCUACGAGGGAACUGUGAAAGCCAGCGUCACAUUUAUUGACCCAAGAAAUAUCACCAUGGCGGCUGCAACCCCAGGUGAUCUCAACUUUGUAGACGAUGAGGGUGACAUGCUCCCUUUGAGGACCUAUGGCAUGUUCUCUGUGGACUUCAGAGAUGAGACAAACAAGGAGGUACUUGGAGCUGGAGCUGUUCAAGUCCUUCUUGACACACAGCAUGUCAAAAUGCAAGAGCACAUUCCCAAAAUGAAACUGUGGUCUUUAAACCCAGACACAGGAGUUUGGGAAGAGGAGAGUGACUUCUCCUACACCACAACUACUGGUGGUCAUGGGCGGAGCAAACGAGAGGAGCGCACAUUCCUCAUAGGCAACAUGGAGAUUAGAGAACGUAGGCUCUUCAAUUUAGACGUGCCUGAAAACAGACGCUGCUACGUCAAGGUCCGUGCCUACAUGAGUGACAAGUUCCUACCUAGUGAACAGCUGGAGGGUGUUGUGAUCAGCUUGAUAAACUUGGAACCCAAACCUGGUUAUUCCUCUAAUCCUAGGGCAUGGGGGCGCUUUGACAGUGUCAUAACUGGACCCAACGGAGCUUGUUUACCAGCUUUCUGUGAUGCCCAAAGGCCUGAUGCUUACACAGCUUAUGUCACAGCAAUGAUGGGUGGGGAAGAACUGGAGGCAGCUCCCUCCUCCCCCAAAAUGAAUCCAAAUAUUAUUGGAGUGUCUCAGCCAUAUCUAGAUAAAAUAGACUACCAGCGCUCAGACCAUGAGGAUCCAGCUCUGAAGAAAACAGCCUUCAGAAUCAACUUGGCAAAGCCUAACCAAAAUAAUCUUGAUGAGACCAAUGGGCCGAUAUAUCCGUAUCAAAGUUUAAUAGGUUGUGAAAAUGCCCCUAUCGAUGCAAAUCAUUUUAGAUUCUUCAGAGUAGAAAAAGACAAGUAUGAAUACAAUGUUGUUCCCUUUGAGGAAAACGAUUUGACCACCUGGACAGGAGACUACCUCUCCUGGUGGCCUAAUCCCCAGGAGUUCAGAGCAUGCUUUAUUAAGGUCAAGAUCCAUGGACAGAAGGAAGUGAUGGUCAGGUCAAGGAAUCUGGGAGGAACACACAGAGAAACAAAAGGCAAAUUAUAUGGCAUAAGAGACAUUCGCAGUACCCGGGACAUGCGAGAGGCCAACACCUCAGCAGCCUGUGUAGAGUUCAAAUGCAGUGGCAUGUUGUUUGAUCAAGCCGAGGUGGACAGAUCCCUCAUAUCAGUCCUUCCACAGGGAAACUGUCGCAGGAUUGGCACCAACAGUCUUCUACACGAGUAUCUCAUUAAACAUCCACCAGUCGCUCAAAACAACGAGUCCUUUGCAUUCACCAUGCUAGCCCCUGUUGAUCCUUUGGGACACAACUACGGCAUCUAUACAGUCACAGACCAGAAUCCCAGGGUCGCCAAGGAAAUUGCUAUAGGGCGCUGCUUUGAUGGCACCUCAGAUGGUUUCUCCAGGGAGAUGAAGUCAGACUCUGGAGUGGCGCUGACCUUCAGCUGUCCAGAGAGGAAAAUUAACAGAGAAAGCCUGUUCCAGCGUCUACAGACCAACCCGGGUCAGGCUCUGUCUCAGAUGGCGAGGGACAUGAGAGAGUCGGAAGGUCUGCAGGUGCAGAGAUUAUCCACAGAGAUAGUGGCCUAUCCUUCAGAGCAGCGGGGCAGGCCCCAGAGUCGCAGAGUCAGCUCUACAACCAGGAGGAGAAUGUCCACACGCACAGAGAAACGCCAAUAGAUGUGCCAAGAAAUCUUCGGUCAAGACCGAUAUGAUGGCCUCAAGGCGAGGAAGUAAAAAUGGCCCGUCUGUUGUUGAGUAUUAACUCCCUCCUGACUAUGGCAACCACAAAACGAGGCAGACAGCAAUUCAUCAAAAUCAGUGUGAUUGAAGAUAUUCAUUAGACUUAUACUUACUUGAAGGGUUUGGUAUAUAAAUGUCUUCCUUCCCUCCUUGAAAGGCAUCAUUUGUCUAUAUGUAACGCAGUGGCUUGCAUUUAUUUAAUUAGCUUUGGUCUAAUUGUAUGUAUGAAUAGACUAAACUGACGUUUAAGAAUGUAACUUUUAUAAUUUGUGGCAUUCCACAUGUGGAUGUUUUUGCUGAUGUCACUCAAUGCUUGAGUUGACACCAAACCUUCAAAAGCUGUAAAUACUAUGCCAGGCCUCCAACACUUCAUAAUUUGCCGUUGCUUUCCACUGAACUUCUUUUCGAGAUCAGAAAGAAACCAACUUGAGACCUUGUUGUCUGCCACAGACCCUGAGACAUUUUUCUACAAUCUUGGGAACUCACUCCACCAAGGCAAGGCACACUCUGAAGAGACCUGUUGGAUGCAGUGGGGUGAGGCAUGCCACCCAGGGAGGAUGUUUUCAGUCAUGCUUCUUAAUGUUUUUCCUUAGCAUGCCACAUUGCCAACUGUGUCUCAGCCAAAUGUCCUUCCACACUUACUUAGAACGUGUAAGACCAAGGCCUUCGCCAAGACAAGCAUGGAUCUCACUAGUGGCAGGCAGUCUAAAAUGAGAUAAGUUGACUGUGAGGUGUGCCAUAAUUUCUUUUUGUCCUCUGCACAUUCCAAAUUAGCAUCACCAAACAAAACGUUACUGAAAACUUUAUAUUCACAAAUAUCUCACUUUCUCAGAAACCAUUACAGAGACUCAUUCAGGGUCUAAAUUGACUUUGUUUUUAUUGUUGGGUAAUGUGAUUGUCAGCUGCCUUUAUAUCUUGAAGUGCAAUAACUAUAUGAAGCAAAUAAUUUAACAGCUAUGCGUAGAAUCUAUUAACCUUUUCAUACUUUGCUGCAUGACUGAGUUGAAUUUACAAUUUGUACAACACAGUAAUCUUUUCAGCUUCAGAGAGCAACCUGGGUAGCAGAGGUUAAAACUCUACAGGGAGCCCUCUCUUCAUUAACAGUACCCACUGUAUAAUUAUUACACAUGGGAGUAAUAAUUAAAAAGUGACACAAAAAUUAAUUUACUGGCAAGGUUCUACCAUUCUGACAGUAUGUGUGGCAAAAUAAGUCAUCAAUCGAUUUAAAGUAUCCAUCUUGAUAUGUCUUAAGACGAAUAGAAAAUAGAUGUAAAUUCAAAUGUUAAGGCUAUUUUAGUUGAGGUUGAUAUGAGAAAGAAGCUUCACUUAGUGAUAAAAGCUCCAAACUUGUUUAUCUCCAAAAUGGGCACUUGCAGACUCAUGGGAGAAGCUCCUCAAGCUGAACUAAUCCAACAGCAAAUAAAAGUUGGCAUGGAGAAAGCUGACAAGCAAAUAAGCCUUCUGUUAAUUAGAAAAUAAAUAGCUCACUCUCUUGAGAGCUAUUAAAACAGUUUGACCCUGACUUCCACAACAGCCAAACAAGUUAAUUUACAGGAAAGAAAGGAUGAUGUUAAAUAAUCAACAAUAUACUGGGCUCAAGAGGAUCAUGGUCAAGCAUAUUUACCAUCAAAAUGGUACCCUCCCCACUGUACAGUUAACUUGAAGUUUUCAGCUCGAUCCAUUUAAGCCUGAUUACAUUUUUAUUGCUAUUGUGCAACAGAUUCAUUGUUUAAUGUGUGCUAAAAAUGUACCAAUGGGAAGUUGAAUGUAUCCAUGAAAAUCCAAUAUUUUAACCCUAUACUUGUACUUGGACCCACAUUGAACAACAAUCUCUUUACAUUAUGCACAAUGAGUGGCACACUCCAGAAAAACACUCAAAACAAAGUAAUAUAGGGUGACAACAUGUGGUACCUUUGCCAUUAUUGCUGAACUCUUUAAUCACAGGCCUGUGGGUCUAUGACUGUAAAGUUCAGAUCUCCAGAUGACAACAAACAUCUCCCUGCAGCAGAUGUAGCAUCCACCAGAAAGAUGAUUGAGUCCAGGUGUGGGAAGAGAUAAGUCCUAUAAAAUGCAAUGGUGUGUGAGGUUAGCUGAGGAGGCCCAACAGCUGUAGAGCAACUGGAGGAAAUGUUAGACCAAAGACAUCAAUAGAAAUUGGAGCAAGAUUAUCCAGUGAUGGAUUUAAUCAUUUUGGGGUACUGUUUGGUAAAUGGAAAAAAGAAAGGGAAAAUAUUAGUGGUCUUUGGCCUUACAGUCUAUCACUUACAGAAUAUCAGACCUCGGAAGUGGUUGCACAUGGAAGAAUGCAGGAUUUUGGAGGAGAAUGCCUUGACAGGAGAAUUGGCUUAUUCAUGAGGAGAACUUAUCAGGGGAGUUUGAAGGACAAGGUAACGAUAAUAGACUGAGUAAACCAUUAUGUAAGGCUUUGCAUGGGAAAGUAAGCUGGCUUCUCCAAACAGUUGCUUUGUCUUCUGGGGAACUUCAAAGGAGAUUAAAGAACCUCAGCAAUGUUUGGUUUGAUAACUUAAGAAAAAGUUUCCAAAGACUUUAGAAUCAAAUAAUGGGAGUUUGAGCCUGAAUCCAACAGAUAUAGCACAUAGCAAAGGAAAUGUUUAUCUUACUGAAUCUCAACGGGAAUGGCUGUUGUAGCAACCUUUUCAUUUUACAGGGAUUCAAUGUUAAUUUCAUAAAUAUGAUUUAAUGGAGAUUUAUGUAUUUUUGUUUAACCCCUUUAGAGGAAUAGUUCAACAUUUCUGUCUGUUCAAUAUGAGGCUUGUGUUGUGGCCUGUUAUCUUAGCUUAGCAUAACUGGAAACAGGAAAAAAACAUCUAGCCUGGGUAUCCUUGAAACCCCAAUGGUAGCAUGGCAACUGUACGAUAAAGUGAGGACUCCAGGACAUUUGUCACAUAACCCCCAACCACAUGUCUUUUUACACUUCCCUGUUCACAUAGAUAAAACAAACAAGAUAUUACUUAUUCAUUAGUGAGCUAUAAAGGUGCUGGUAGGCGACCUGUACCUUUGGACAGAGCAAGGUUUGCUGUUUUCAACUGUCUUUACUAAGCUAAGCUAACUGGCUGCUAGCUGUGGCUUCAUAAAUGGGCUACAGUACAGACAUGAGAGUGGUAUCGAUCUUUUCAUCUAAAUUUCUGCAAGACAACAAAAAAAGUACAUUUCCAAAAAUGCCUAACUAAUCCUUUAAUAAAUACUCCACACUAUUUUAUACUGAAGAAUUGAAUGCUUGACAAUUGGCAUUUUCAUCCCCUUAGACUUACUGCCUAAACUUGGCAUGUUACUGUUACAAUUAAAAUUUGAAAGAAGAAUAUGUGAAGUUAACUGCUUUGGAAAUACUUGACCUGAUUGACCUGAUUUUGCCUCUUUGUCACAGAAUUUCUGUGGGUGCAUGUAAUGCUAAGCCACACUAUUUAAAGCAACAUUAUGUAAGAUUGUUUUUUUGUGAGAUUUGGUACCCCUACCAUUUCUGAAUGUAAUUCAUCUGUCAUAAAUAAGGAGAGCUGUACAUGUGUAUCACUUACUUACUAGCCUAACUGUGUACACAGAAGGAAAGCAUCUGCAUCUUGCAGCCUUUUCAUAAAACUCUCUCCAACGUGCAGGAGCAUCUUGCUGGGUCACUCUCCUUUUCUCCUUUUCUCUUUGUUUCCUUCAUCAACGUCCUCUUUGGUCUCUUCAGCUCUGCCAUUAGCUAACGAUAUGUCCAUAGAGGCUGCUGAGCCCGUAUCGCCCGACUACAGCGCGACACCUGCAACACCCUAGUGGCAAGCUAGCCAACAAAGCUAGACGCGAAACGUUGUUUAUGCACAGGACUCCAAUGUUACAUAGUGCCAAUAACCAGCGCUACCCGGCAGGGAGCGGCAAUGACAGAUAAUGCCAUUCACCCUUUCACAAGUCAGUGUAACAUGAAAAUAAUUUUGAAGCUGUUAUAUUAAGAUACAAUUACUACAUAAUGUUGCUUUAACUUUGUGAUAUUCCACUUUUGUGCAGAAAAGCACAAGACUCUCAGUGAAUUCUCGGACUCUCUCUUCUGUACAGUCCAGCUGAUCUUAAGGAGAUCAUCAUUCAUUCAGGAGGUCAUCUUUGAACCUUUCCAACACUUUCUGGCAUAUAUGAAGAGAGUUGUAUAUUUUUCAGUGCUCCAGGAAGCCACCCUGAGCUCAAGUAAAAUAAUUACAUAAAUGAACUCCUGAUAAUACUCUGUAAAUGCAUAACUAUUGCAUGGUGAUGCCAAUCUCGUUUCUCUCUGAUUUAAGUUUUUAUGUGUAAAUUGUGUAUUGUAUGAAAUCUACUAUAAUUGUAAGACCAAGAAACUGUAAAUAAAUGAUUUUUUGUUAGUGUUUCAUUAA